AGCCCCAGAAAAAUUGAAAAUUGUGAAAUGAAAGCCAUUAAAAAAGCGCACAUGUGGGCUUAAAUAUUUCCCAAUAUUCGCAAAGAUCAUUAAACAAAGACUCUCGUACACAUUUUGGUUUUUGGGCCUGGCCGAGUAACCUUUUCCAUACGAAGCGUUGAACCUGCCUGCAACCUGUUGCUGGCAUUUGUGGACACUUUACCCCAAGCGGAUGGCAACCACACUCGAAGAGCAAAGCGACCUGCUCCGUGCUCCGUGUGUACACUACAAUUAUCUCAUUUAAAUAAGAUGCGCUAAAGGGUUCGGGCAGGCGGCCACAGCAGCAGCGCAGGGAUAUACAUCCGAAAAUCUAAACAUACAUAUUUCAGGAGUGGUUCCCCAUAUUUCAUGGCCAUGCAGGAUAUAAGGCUACGCCUGGAACCGCAGCUCAGUACAGUCACAGCCACAUUCACAUCGUCCUCGUCCUCAGCCUCCUCCUCCACAUCAUCCUCAUCGAACACGGCUGAGACCACGCUGAUUGAGACGGCCCAGAAGUCGCCUAUUGCCGCCGAGCAGAUCUUCAGUGAGGCAGCUGCUGGAGCAGGGACAGGAACGAACACAGUGAAUACAUCUCCGCAGCAUUAUUUCCAUCAUCAUCAUCAUCCGCACCAGCAUCCACGCCCGCAGCAGCAGCAACAACAGCAGCACACGCACUCGCAUCCGCAUCCGCACCAUCCGAGACGCCACGUGGAGCAGCUGCAGCUGGUGCACAGCCACCACAAUGCCCAAGAGCUGCCCGAGCAGGAGCACCAGCAUCAGCUGCAACUGCCGCGCUCCCCCAGCUCCGAGGAGGAUAAUUCACCCACAGAAAUGAAUAAUUGCCGUCGUUUGGUUGAUAAACCGCCGCUGGUGAAGCGACUUACCAUGGGCAUUGGCCUGCUCAGGGGCACCGAGGACAGCCGCCCACUGGUGCACAACACAUGCGGCUCGUCCCUGAACUCGGGCUCAUCGCAGACCAUUUCGGAUGGCUAUGUGAACGAGGCCAUCUGCGAGCCGGACAAGUAUGUGGCCAGCAAAUUUGGUGACUCGUGUCGCCAAUCGCUCACCGCCCUGGAAUCGGCCACCCAGCGCCUGCAGGUGGAGCUGCCCAACAACAAGAAGUAUUUGCGAGAGACAUGCAGCGCUAAUUCCAGUCCGAAACUGUUUGCCACCAAUGGAUCGCUGCGUCUGGAUAAUCUCAGUCUGGCUGAGCAGCAGGAGCUUAAGGGUGCCGCCUGGUUUCAGGCGGGCAUUCCGCGCGAGAUCUCACUGGAGGUGCUCUCCCGCCAGAGUCCCGGCGCCUUUCUGGUGCGUCAGAGCAGCACCAAGCCAGGCUGCUUUGCUCUGUCGCUGCGUGUGCCGCCGCCAUCACCGCGAGUGGCCCACUAUCUGAUCCUCAGGACACAGCGGGGCUACAAAAUCAAGGGCUUUACCAAGGAGUUUAGUUCGCUGAAAGCCCUGAUCACCCAUCACUCGGUGAUGCCGGAGCUGCUGCCCGUGCCGCUUACGUUGCCCCGGCCGGCGCACGUGCGUUCCCACGCCCAGACACAGGCACAGGUGUAUGGCAGUGGCAGUGGCAGUGGCGGCGGCGGUGGUGGCGGGGACUUUGAAAUGUACGGCUCGCUGAAUGAUUUUCGCAACAUGAUGGCCGAUUUGAAUGUGUGACCGUUGGGCGCACUUAAUUAAUUAAGUAA